CGAACCAAACACGCUUCUGCUCUUCCAUCAACGAAGACUUGACGAUUGUUCGUCCUUCGACAUUGCGACGAUCAAGAUGAAGGACAGCCUCACGGAAGUACGACAACACGUCGAGGCGUGGUUGAUUGCUCUUUGCGGCGGGGCCGUCAUUUGGGGGCUAUAUGCAAGCACCACAGCUGCAAUGCGACAGUACCCUUGACUCCACGAGGGAUCACAGCAGCCGUUCGCUGUUUCAAUUGGCGCUCCAGAGCGACAUGGAUGUCGGUGACCUAUUUCAGGCAACUGGCUAGAGGUUCGCUCGAGCAUAAGACUCCGCGAGGCUCUUCUCAGUUGGAAUCUUUGGCCCCAAAACUUUGCGAGAACAGACAAUUUCAAAAUGGCCACUACCAUGGAGACUGAUCUCCAGCAGAGAUACACUCAACUACUCGAGCAACGAAUUGCUCAGCUUGAGGCACUAGUUAAUGCCCCUCCCAAGUCCCCUGAGGUGUCAAAAGUAGACGACAAAUCAGAGAACAAGACGGAAGCAAAUGGGGUUGCCACAGAGAAAGCAACUGGCACAGACACCAAAGAUAAAGGAACGGAGACUGAUGGCAAGAAAGAGGAUGAGACGAAGCCAACAAUCCGGUACCGAAACAUUCUUCGGAAAUGGGAUCGUAGCGCUGGAUCUCACAAAGACGAGGAUGUGAGCGCAGCCCUUUUGAAGAAAUCGGAUUCCAAAGAUAUUGCUUACACCUUUCGACGAGUGUACGAUCCAGAAACCGGAGAGAAGGGUGCUUUCUCUGAGUUGGAUAUUGAAGGAGAAGAACUGAGAGGGAUCCUGAAAAGUGUGAUUGACAACAAGUACCCUGGGAUCAAUUUCGAUGGAGAACUUGUCACUAUAGCUGCUCCUUUCUCACCCCUGGUUCACAAUUGGGACAAGCUUCAAAAGAAACUAGAAGACACGCCAGAAUCCCAAGCAACUAAAGAUCUGGCUCAUCUGCUAGGUCGUGUUCAAUCAGCCCCAGAGCUUGAGAAAUACUUCAAAACCCGUGCAGCGAACAUUAGUGCUCAAAUUACAACCUAUGAAACGCUUUGGACAUGUUUUGCCCCGAAGACCAAAAUCCUUGUCAAACCAUUCAUGAAUAUUCCUCAAAUAUUUGAGGUAUUGACAUCGCCAAUACCAUUUUCAAAUCCGGUCGAAUCCACCUUGGAUAUGUGGGCGUGGUGCUGGGACUGGAAUGGAAAGAAGAUGGUUCGAGUAUACUAUCAACUAAAAUUCGAAAGAUUCAGAGGUACAAAACCUAUCAACGAGCUUGAAUACUACCCUAUCGACUUCGAUCAAAACAAGGAGGAAGUUCUUAAGGACAUCAAGGCGCGCAGUGAGCGCUAUGUAAAGUGUACCCAGGUGAAGCGUGGGGCAAGUCAGAUGUUUACUUACCGAGGCGAUGCUUAUGGAGAUCGAAGGAAAGUAAUCGCUUCGGGAGAUGAUGGCGAAGACACGGAAGGUGGUGGCUCAAAACGAUACCAGAACGAGGAUUUGCUGGGAAAAGAGAAAUAUAGCCCAACAGUUGUCCCAGUCAAAGGAGAGUUCAUCUGCGAUGCCGCAGCUUUCCUCCAAUAUGGAACAGGCAGUCACGUGCUGGGUGAAUGGGAGGAGAGGUUCACUGAUGAAGAUCCUCGAGAGCCGGAUGGAACUCCAAUAAACCUGGAUAUACGUAAGGCCUUAGAAGACGACACGCAUCAGCUUUUCCCACCUCGACUUCUGGGCUAUGCAACCAGGGAGAAAAUGUGGGGACAGUUCUCUGUCGAACUCACGCAGACAGCUCCGAAUCGAGAUUUUAAACCAUUCAAGGAGGACCUACAAUUAGACCAAAGGUACAAGGAUAUGAUUGAAGCAUUAGUCGAUUCCCACGAAUCUUCCACCGCGGAGCUCGAGCAGCAGUUACAAGUGAAGGAUGUUGUCCAAGGCAAAGGCCGAGGACUGGUCCUCCUUCUUCACGGUCCACCAGGAGUCGGCAAGACUCUCACAGCAGAGACCAUCGCAACCGCAACAGGAAAACCACUCUUCAUCGUCAGCGUGGCAGAGAUCGGACUAGACCCCUCUCGCGCAGAACGCAACCUUGAGAAACUCUUCAACCUCGCUAGCAAGUGGGAAGCUAUCUUGCUAGUCGAUGAAGCCGAUGUGUUCCUCGAAACCCGAGGGGCGGCUUCGAGUGCCGGCAGGAACGCCCUAGUUUCCGUGUUACUUCGAGUCUUGGAGUACUACCAAGGGAUCAUCAUCUUGACGACUAAUCGGAUCAAGUCCAUCGAUGUCGCAGUCAUCUCACGUAUUCAUUUAGCAAUUCGAUACACGGACUUGACUGAGCCUCAAAUGCGCAAGAUCUUUGCGUUCUUUUUGGACCAACUGAUGCCUCAGUGGAUUGAUGACAGAUCCAGGAUCGAUGACUUUGUCAAUGAUUACGCGUAUCAGUUCAAGCUGAAUGGAAGGCAGAUCCGUAAUGUAGUGUCGGGAGCGCUGGCAUCGGCUAGACAUGGUGCUGCUAAGAAGAAGGGGAGUGGCUUGCUAACCUUUAGACAUUUGAAAGACGCUUGUGAGAUGACGAGGGAGUUUGAGGAGCAGUUGAAAGAGAAUACGAUGGCACAGCGUUACAAUAACGAGGCAGGAAAGUGAUGUGGGACGUUAAGGGGCGCGUAGGAUCUCACGUGUAAUAUUGUUCAGUGUCACGGAUAACAGAACGAACAUUUGAGCUCUUCUUCGAAGCAGCGGAGGUCAUUAUGUUUUUCCCCAUUACUUGCAGUUUCUACUUCCAUACUUUCAAGUAUCAAGUUUUACCUCCCGGACUGACCAACUUUGGUCGGG